CUACCCUUCUCUCUCUCUCUCUCUCUCUCUCUCUCGUCCUUCUUUAGGUCUGGAGGAGUCCACACCCGACGUCGGCUCCUGUUCUUGAUCUGCGUAUUUGGGUUUGGAUCGUUUGCUGUGAGGAAUGGGUGGGAUGUAAUGGGAGCUGAGGAAAUCUGGAAGUUGGGAUGGGGAAGGUGGGAAAGAACCAGUCGGAAUCGGCGUUUCCGCCAGCGUCGACAGCGGAGGAUGAUGCGGGAGACGGAUGUACCAGGCUCCGUCGGACCGUACGGCUCCGUUGCGUCGUCGCGUUGGUUCUCGGCAUCGCGAUGCUGCUCUCCGUAAUCUUCUGGCUGCCUCCGUUUGUGAGGCAUUACGGCGGUCACAAGGGUCAUAGUGGAGAUCCGACCUUCACAGCUGAUAUUAUUGCAAGCUUCAAACUCCAAAAGUCGCUCUCCAUGCUAAAUACCAAUCUUCCAAGGCUUCAACUCGACAUUUUUGAAGAAAUUGGUGUUCCAAAUUCUUGGGUAUCUAUUAUUUCUUUGGAACCAAUUAGCGAUACAAAUUGGACGACUGUGGUUUUUGGAGUUUUGCCCUACCCCAGUACUGCUAUGAUAUCCUCAACUGCGCUAAGCAUUCUCAGGUCCUCGUUUAUGUCAUUAGUUGUACGUCAGUCAACUUUUCACUUAACCACAUCCUUGUUCGGGAACUCAUCAUCCUUUGAGGUGCUAAAGUUUCCUGAAGGAAUUACAAUUAUCCCUCCACAAAAUAUUUUCCUUCUGCAAAAAGUACAUACAUUUUUCACUUUCAAGUUGAAUUUCCCCAUCAAUCAAGUAGAGGAUAAAAUUGGAGAAUUGAGAGACCAGAUGAAGGUUGGGCUUCUUCUCACUUCCAAUGAGAAUCUAUACAUUAAAUUGACAAAUUUGGAAGGGUCAACUGUUGCUCCACCAACAAGAGUUCAGAUAUCUAUUAUGCUUGCAGUGGGGAAUCAUCAGCCUUCUCUGAGAAGGUUAAAGCAGUUGGCUAAGAACAUCCGGGAUUCUUCUGAAGGGAACCUUGGUUUGAACCACACUGUAUUUGGUAAAGUAAAGCAGGUCCGUCUGUCUUCUUUUAUUCGAUAUUCUCUCACCAAGAGAGGCAGUGAAAUACCAAGUCCAGCUCCACAACCAAAUAUAAACCAUAUUCACCGGUUCCAUCACCAUUGGCAACAUCAUGUUCAUCAUCGUCACACAGAUGUAGCUCCUGUCCUUGCUCCUUCACAUAACAAUCAUGAAAGUCAAGCUUCUAGUUCUUUCCAAUAUGGAUUUCCAAGCAAAUCAAAAACUAGAGAUCAUUUAACUCCAGCUAGUCUGCCUUUGGCUCCUCAGACUAAAUCUGCUGCACAUGAAGCAGCCUCAAAACAUGUUUCUGCACAUGCAGGAGCACCAGCAAGCUCUGCUUUACCUUCGAGUGCGCAAUUACUUGCUCCACAUGGUAAUCAAGAUCCUCUACUUCCAUCUCCUUGUGUUCUUCCUGUAUCACCUUCACCUGCUGUUCCUUUUCACAAUGCACCCACAGGCAGAGGUGGAGAGAAUACUGAUUUGUGUGAUCGUGCACUAUCUACUUUACUAGAUACUUCUGCUGCUUCUACCAGUUAUUCUCCAACGUGGGUUCUUGCACUGCUCAUAGCUUUGGUGAGUUUGUAGGAAGCAGGGAGGUCCUUUUAUUUAUUUUUUUAGUUUUUCCUUUUUGGUUAUAGAUUAAACGUAUCGUCCAAAGCGGGACAAACUGAGCCCUGUUGUAUGAUACGAGAACUGGAGUUCGAAUCCAAAUAGUGCACUUUGUUGAGUGUGGUUAAAAUACCACCUGUAUAUAUUAAUUGAAGGUAAUCAGCAAUUAAAUUUCUAGUCAAGCCACAAAAGUGGCAGGCCAUGGUUACGAACUGCUUAUGCUGGGUGCCGAACUCCUGGAAAAGAAUUAGAAAAAAUAAGGGCAGAACUUUGCCAUAA